AUGCAGAAGUCCCGGGCCAUGCAUUCUGUCCUGGGGCAGAGGGCCUUUGUCCCUGCCCCUCGGGUCCAGGUUCAAUUCCAACGCCGUUACCUCCAGGAUGUCUCCAUCACUCGAACGGGAAAGCCCAUCUUGAAGGUCCAGGGUGGCCGCUCGUCUCUCGGAGGUAGCUCUACCCUUUUUGCUUCGUUUUUCGCCUCGGAUAUGCGAUCGGCUCACAUCUUGAUUCUAGGUCACACUGCCACGGUUUUCGGUGCUACGGGUUUCUUGGGUCGAUACAUUGUCAACAAGCUCGCCACCCAGGGAUGCACAGUGGUCGUCCCCUACCGCGAGGAGAUGAUGAAGAGACACUUGAAGCCAACGGGUGAUCUGGGACGGGUGAACUUCAUUGAAUACGACCUGCGCAACACCCAGUCCAUCGAGGAGAGCGUCCGUCACUCCGACAUCGUCUACAACCUUGUCGGUCGCCAAUACCCUACGAAGAACUUCACCUACGAGGACGUUCAUGUUGACGGUGCCGAGCGCAUCGCCGAGGCGGUCGCCAAAUAUGAUGUGGACCGAUUUGUCCAUGUUUCAUCUUACAAUGCGCGCAAGGACUCGCCGUCGGAGUACUUUGCCACCAAGGGAUGGGGAGAGGAAGUCGUCCGCUCCAUCUACCCCGAGACGACGAUUGUGCGCCCUGCCCCAAUGUUCGGUUUCGAAGACAACCUCCUCCACAAACUGGCUGGCGUCACCAACCUGUUUACUGCCAACCACAUGCAGGAGCGUUUCUGGCCGGUUCACGCAAUUGAUGUCGGCCGCGCCCUGGAGCGGAUGCUGCACGAUGACAGCACUGUUGGCCAGACGUACGAGCUGUACGGCCCCAAGAAUUACUCGACGGCCGAGAUUGCCGAGCUUGUCGACCGUGAGAUCAUCAAGAACCGCCGUCACCUCAACGUCCCCAAGGCCAUUCUCAAGCCUAUGGCCUACUACCUCAACAAGUACAUUUGGUGGCACACCACCUCCGCGGACGAGGUGGAGCGUGAGUUCAUGGACCAGGAGAUCGACCCGGAGGCCAAGACAUUCAAGGAUCUGGGCAUUGAGGAGACCGCCGAUCUUGCCGACCUGACCUUCCACUACCUGCAAGGAUACCGCAGCGCCUCGUACUACGACCUUCCUCCGGCCACGGAGCGCGAGCGUCGCGAGGAGAAAAAGUACCUGCAUGUGCUGGACGACCAGUAG